AUGAACCCUAGGAUACAACACGGCCGCCACAUUCUCAGGGUAGCUCGUGGCACCGCUCCCGGAUGGAGCAUUUCUGCCCGGCGGCCUCCGACAAACCCAUCGCUUGUGGCUGCUCAAUUCCACCGAUUCCAGAUCCAGUCCUUCGCAACAUCUCCCUCCCGUCGGCAAGAGCGGAGACAGGCACCACCUCCUCCCGAGCCGCCGGCUCCCGUACCAGAGACCACUGAACCCGUCCAAGCAACACCCGCGCCCCCGUCUGGCAGCACCCAGGCAGCCGAGUCCUCCAAGCCCCCAAAGAAGCGCCUCGCGCCCCGCAUCAUCUUCGCAGCCGUCUUCAUCUUCAUCGGUUCAGCCGCCGGCUCAUCUCUGCGGCUCCUCCUCUCCCCGCCCAACCCCCCAGAACCCGGCACCGCCGAAGAUGAAUACACCAAACAAGUCCUGCGCGAGCAGGCCGCCAAGCUGCCGCUCGUGCAGCAGCUGAGCGCCGACCCCGCCUGGCAAUCCUGGGACGCGUACGAGUCCUUCUCGCCCGAGCAGCGCGCGCAGCACAUCACGGCGGGGGCGCUGGCCGGGUCCCGCGGCGUGGGCGGGUACCAGCGCAUCUUUUACCACCCGGCCAGCGGCGAGUUCGUCAGCGUCGUCUACUUUGGGGGGGCCACCACGGGCUGGCCCGGUGUGGUGCACGGGGGUUGCCUGGCCACUAUCUUGGACGAGAGCUGUGGGCGGGCUGCUUUCAAGCAGUGGGGCGGUAAACCAGGCGUGACGGCGAGUUUGACGCUUGAGUACAAGCGCGUGACGCUGGCGAAUGGCUUCUACGUGGUGCGUGUGCGGCCGCGCGCAGAGGAGGACCUGCUUGAGAGCGAGAGGGGUAAGAGGCAUUACAAGUGCUUUGUUGAUGCGACGGUUGAAGACGCGGCUACGGGCACCGUGACGGCGACGGCCGAGGCGCUGUUUGUUGGCGGUCAGGGGAAGAAGAAGAAGAGCCUGGUUAGCUGGGGCGGUGAAGCGCAGGAGAGUCAUAUCAAGUUUUGA